CUUAUAAGAGACACAAUCCUCAGCCACUUUUUUGCAAAGGGGGCUUUGCAAAGCAGCCUGCGCACACGCGAGCGCCACGAGCCUCCCCGCGGCCGCCGCACGGAGGGCGAGAGGGAGGGGGGCGGGCAGAGCCGCCCGCCGUCCCCGCCGCCCGCCCGGCUCCGCCGUCCGCUCCCGUCGCUCGCCGCUGUCCCUUUCCCUUGCCUGUCUGUCGCCUAGCUCUUUUUCUUCUUCUUCUUCUUCUUAUUUUUUUUUUUUAAUUUUAAAUUGAACGUCGCAAGUUUUUCCUUUUUCUCGUUUUGAAUUUUUUUUCUGUGGUGCUGGUGGGGGGACGGGGACCGGCCGUCCCUCGGGCGCCCCCGCCUCGCAGGACGCCCCCCUCGCCUAUGGCCAGCGGCAGCCCCGCCAGGAUGUCCAGCGCCGCCGGGCAGCCGCCCUUCCUGCAGCCCGCCUGCUUCUUCGCCGCGGCCGUGGCCGCCGCCGCCGCCGCCGCCCCGCCGGGGCCGCCCCCGGGGGCGCCGCCGCCGCAGCUGAGCCCGGCGGGCGGGCAGCCCUCCCCGGGCGGCAAGCCCUCGGCGCCGCGGGCGGCCAAGCGGCAGCGCUCGGCCUCGCCGGAGCUGAUGCGCUGCAAGAGGAGGCUCAACUUCAGCGGCUUCGGGUACAGCCUGCCGCAGCAGCAGCCCGCCGCCGUGGCGCGGCGCAACGAGCGGGAGCGCAACCGGGUGAAGCUGGUGAACCUGGGCUUCGCCACGCUGCGGGAGCACGUCCCCAACGGCGCCGCCAACAAGAAGAUGAGCAAGGUGGAGACGCUCCGCUCCGCCGUCGAGUACAUCCGCGCCCUGCAGCAGCUGCUCGACGAGCAUGACGCCGUCAGCGCCGCCUUCCAAGCGGGCGUCCUCUCGCCCACCAUCUCGCCCAGCUACUCCCACGACAUGAACUCCAUGGCGGGCUCCCCCGUCUCCUCCUAUUCCUCCGACGAGGGCUCCUACGACCCGCUCAGCCCCGAGGAGCAGGAGCUUCUGGACUUCACCAGCUGGUUCUGAGCGCCGGCCGCCCUCCCCGGCAGGACGGUUGCAAAAGGGAAAAAAAAACAACAAACCAACAAAAACCAAAAAAAAAAAAAAACCGACACAAAACCAGAUCACACACAGAGAGACAAAAAUCCACGCAGAAAAAAGAACCUGUUGCGUUUCCCUUUCCCCUGCCGUCGGAGGGCGGUGCGGGCACGUCUCUCGGCGGGCGGGCACAGCGCUGCCCGGGGACCGGCCGGGCUCUGCAGUGCCCCGGAGUGCGGCCCGGCGGAGCGGCUGUCCGGCGGGGAGCCGCGGGAAAGGGCGCUGCGCUCCUCGGCCGGCGGAGGAGCUCUUCCUCUUCUUCCUCCUCCUCCUCCUCAGCAGAAAGGCGGCCGGCCCAUCUCCGCACCUCGCCGCCGCCGCGGCCCUUCAGAGACUGGCGUUCAUCACCUGUGGACAAAGUUAGUUUCCCGAUGUCUGUGGAGAUGCUGAAGUUAAGCUAUGCUGUACUCAAAGAAGUUCCUGGAGCCCCGUCUACCUUCCGUCUCCCCGUGCCUCUCCCUCCCCUCGAUCCAAGCUUUUCCUCUCGUUUCCAUCAUAGAAUGCUUCCAAUCUUUUUUUUUUUUUGUGAAUUUUUUUAUGAUAAGAAAAUCUAUUUGUAUCUAUCCUAACCCGUUUGGGGAUAUAUUAAGCUAUUUUUGUACAUAAGAGAGAGAGAGAUUUAUAGAGGUUUUGUACAAAUGGUUUAAAAUGUGUAUAUCUUGAUACUUUUUUUAAUAUGUAAUGCUUAUUACCUCUUCAUGUUUAGACUCGUAGUCAACGUUACCUUACAACUGCCAUUUUUGUACGUGGUUUUGUAAAGGACUUGGAUUUCCUCCAGAUGUACUUUAGCACCAAUGUGUCUUACUUUAUAGAAAUUUUGUUAAUGUAUUAAUAAUGUCAUUAAACAAUGUUCAAAGUGAACAAAGUUUAUGCAGCUAUUGUCCAAACGCAAAACGGUAGCCAUUUGUUCUCAUGUGCUGCCUUUUGGGAAAAAGAAAAAAAAAAAGAAAAACCAGACAAGCAAACAAACAACCCCCCCACCACCAACACUGCCUUUUCUUACUGUUUUAUUACAAACUGACAAAGGUCCUGUAUAACCCUAUUUUAUACAAACUAGUUUCGUAAUAAAAAUUUUUUUAAAUUAAAAUGA